AUAAAUAUAUUAAAAUGGGAUGAGAAAGCAUAAUGAUAAGUAAGCAUGAAGUUACCGACAUAAAAAGCCUAAAUAUCAAUAAACGGAACAUCAUGUCACCAAAAACCAAAACCAAGUCUAAACAUUUCCCAUAUACACUCAAAAGAAAGGGAAUCAAACAAACAAAAGGUAAAAAAAUAAAAUAAAAGUUGAGCCCGCCCUCCAAAAGGCAAAAGCUUCAACUUUUUACUCGAUAUAUUAAUACAUUUCCCCCAACCAAAUUUAUGCACUUUUCUUCCCCUCAUUUUAACAGGAUCCUUUUUACUACACAGAAACCCUAACAAGGCCAAACCAAAACCAAAGUCCAAAAACAAACCAAAAAUUAGAAACAAAACCAAAGCUGUGUUGCAAGCCAAUACCCCUUGCUUUAGAAUUCAAAUCUUAUGAACCAACAUGGCUUCAGCUUGUGUUAAUAACAUGGGUGUCUCGCCGGAGAGUUUCCGACCAUAUGGUUGGUUGAGUCGUCGGAUGUCCUUGAGCCGAGAAGAUGAGCCAACCAAGUCUAGACCCAAGACUGGUCGAUCUAAGCCUACAAAUCUUGUUGAACCAGAGACUGGUGAGUUUGAGUUCAGGCUUGAAGAUCCGGUCACCAUGCUUCCAGCUGAUGAGCUUUUUUCCAAUGGCAAGUUACUACCUUUACAUUUCUCAUCACUCAAACAACAACAACAACAACCUCCAUUGUCUGAUACUAGGUUCCUCGAAACAGCCAAAUCUUGUCCAGAAAUGGAUCCUUACCUGUUUUCUCCUAGAGCUCCGAGGUGUUCCAGCGGAUGGAGGGAGCUUCUUGGUCUAAAAAAAUCCUCCCAAAACACUAAUCAACAACAACACCCAAUGCCAGAGUCUCGAAGCCCCAAAUCUCUCAAGCAUUUACUCAAUAGAACCACAAAAUAUUUACCUUCGUUGAAUCUCCCACUGUUGAAAGACUCAGAUUCCGAGGCGAUUUCCAUAUCUUCAUCAAGGUUAUCCCUUUCAUCAUCUUCCUCCUCAGUCCAUGAACACGAGGAUCUUCCAAGGUUAUCACUUGAUUCCGAUAAGCCCAGCCCCAACCCUUUCGCUCCCUGUAGAAGUAUAAACCCGAACCCAAACCCACCGAGAACCGGACGGAGUCGGAUCCGGAGGGACCCAUCGACAAACCGGGGAAAUUUUUCAGUGGAUAGUCCGAGAAUGAACUCGUCGGGGAAAAUCGUGUUUGAAAGCCUAGAAAGAAGCUCAAGCAGUCCAAGUAGUUUCAAUGGUGGUCCCCAGUUUAAACAAAGAGGAAUAGAAAGGUCAUAUUCAGCUAAUGUAAGGAUCACCCCAGUACUUAAUGUCCCCGUUUGUUCAUUAAGAGGAUCUUCAAAAUCAGGUUUGGUUUUCGGAUUGUUUUCAUCUUCCCGGCAGAAGGCUGCAAAUGGAGGAAGCAACAGCAAAGGGCGUCAAUGUAACAGCAGAAGUUGAAAAACAUUUUUAA